AUGUCCCAAACGAUCGAAGAAGAGAAUGUGGUGCCAUCUCCACCUCCGACGAGGCACAACGGCUUUUCAAAGAUACCUUCAUCACCACUUCGGACACGACAUCGGGAACCCACUCAUUCCACCACAGCUUCAUCACGGACUUGGGGAUUUUUAGAUCCGUUGAUUGCUCUUGUAUUACCGUCAGCAGCAUCAGGUGGAAGGAAGAAAAAUCCAACGUCCAUCGUUUUUGACGAAGAAUCAAAUGAUGAGAUGGAUGAGUUGUUGCAGGAAGAUUCAAUUCAAGCUCAUGGAGGUCUUUCCGCAUUCACAGAUGACAUUGAACUCAGAGAACAGUCUCAAGAUGAUAUGUCUCCUUCCACUUCUCAACGGAUUAAUAUUUUCAAUCAGCGUGUGUUAUAUUCUAUUUAUGGAUUUAAUAUUGACCCCACAUUGAUGUCAAAUUAUGUGGUUCACUCAGAGUGGGAGAAAAUUCCUCAAGAUGUAUUAUUAAUUGUAUUUUCUUUUCUUCCCUAUCAAUCAUUAAUUAUAUCAGUCUCUCAAGUCUGCAAAGAAUGGUUCUACUUGUCACAAAAGAAUAUCGUAUGGGAAAAGUUUUUUGUACAGCAAUUAUUUCCUUCAAAACAUUCAAGAUUUAUUUUCUCUUCAUUUAGAGACUCAAAAUCGAUUCCACAAGUAGAAAAGAAUGAAAAUUUGCUCGAGUCCAUUCAAAAUAGAUUUUUCAUUCCACUAUUUGAUCCAAAUCCAAAUAAUAUCACUACUGAAGACCAUGAGGGAGAUAUUGAGGAAGAAAAGAGAAUGCAAAUUAAGAAAAGCAUUGAAAAUGAAAUUGUACAGGAUCUUGAAGAAAAGUUUAUGGAAAACAAUUUCAGUAUCAAAUCAUUGGUUGGCCCUAACAUCGUCAACAACGACCUUCAAAUCAAUCAUGACCAUAGCGACUUUUAUAAUCUAUUGCAUGCUUCCUAUAUAUGCUCUUUUUACAAGUUGUGCUUCCAAAAACUCAAUAAUUUUGUCUCUACAGCUACUAAACAAUUAGAGUCACAUCAACAGAAAAAGCAGAACUUAGAGACUUUGUACGACAUGUGUCACAACACGCAAUACUACUUUACAUUUUACUUUGGCGUUCCAUUGUGUGCCAUUUCCACCACCCUAUGCCUUGCUCUUCAAUUGUUUAAAAUGAACAGUCCAACAUUGAAUAUUGAUAAGGACAACCCAAACGCAAUUGAUGGAUGGUGGAUGUUAGUGUUUGCAUUUCUGUAUUUGCCAUUAUUUUGUGGAAUUAUAGUAUUGUUCCAACAAUUUAUCAAGACAUUUCUGAGAUUCAAGCUGAAAUCAAGACAAACAGUUCAGGGAAUAUUUGUUGUCAUGAUCGCCUUAAUUUUCAUGUUGGGACUCACAGGAUUCUUUUUCAUGGUGAAUUUGUCGUGUGUUUUCCCACUUCCGCCAAAGUACCUUGCCCCAGAUGCUCCCGAUACAGAAUUCAUUAGAUUUUACGGAUUUCGAAAAGUUGUGAAUAACUACAGUUUUAUCAUGUCACCUUUCUUGGUCGCAUUCGUUUUAAUCACGUUUGUCUCAUGGCUGUCUCAAACCAUUACGAUCUACGCAGCAUUUAAUGCCAACAGAAGACUCUUAAUUAUCAGAAAUAUUAUUAAUAGCGCCAUUCACUUGUUUUUCUUGAUCCUAGUUGCAGGUUCCUUUGCUCUGUUGCAUUUAAGCCAAAAAGCAGAUUCGUCACCAGAAACUGAAGAAGAAUUGACUCAGACUCUUUCAUACAUUUUAAUUGGUAUGCAUGUAUUAAUUGCUAUCAUGCACUUGGCAACCUGUAUCUUGUUUGGAUUUAUUUUAAAGAGAUUCUGUACGUUCUUCACUCCACCACCAAAACAGCCCCAAAUGAAGAAGCUUGGUAUUGGGUUGAUGAUUUGUGUCGUGAUUAUUUUAUCAUGUAGCUUGAUUUUGGAAGUGGUUCUGGGUCUCAACUACAAAUGGAUAGCAGCACCGUUACUGCCAGCUCCAACAGUUGUGGCUGUUUCAUUUUAUAUUAUUGCAGCCAUGUACAAGCUUUGGAUCUCCUAA